GUGUUUUUAUUGGAUUCUGUGGACUCAUUGGAAUCGCUAAUAAUGUAUGUUUAGUGCGAAGGAUUAUAUUGUUGGUGUCAGUAAUACUCCCUCUGUUGGAUCAAUAUGUUGAAGUCAAUAAAUACUGGAUACGGCCACAAGAGACACCGUGCAAACAAAUGAGAAUCGAAUGCGUAUAUGAACGAACUGAAAGCAAAUGUUCAUCUGACGGAAUAGACAUUUUUUGUUGUAAUGGUCACAGAGACCUUUCAUUAUUCGUUCGUUAUGGAACCACGAGGAAGCGAAUAUUAGAAAAGCACCUGAAGACACGAUGGAAAUGUGGCGCCUACUUCUAGCUUGUCUGUUCUGUGGUUUACAUCGUUUGUGUGUCAGAGGCGCUAGCCCGGGGGACAUCAUACAGGUGAAGAAGCAGAUCUUUGAUGGAUAUGACAGAUACGUUCGCCCCGUUCACAGCCAUGAAGAACCAAUUCAAAUGGAUAUGCUGUUUUCUCUUACCAGCAUCGAUUCCCUGGAUCUGAAAAGUCAAAAACUGAAAUGGAAUGGGUGGCUUAGUCUUACAUGGCAUGAUAUGCUGCUCUCCUGGAACGCCAGCCAAUACGGAGAUCUCGACUUCAUUACUGUGCCACAGACGAAGAUCUGGCUCCCCGACUACGUCAUUGACAAUGACGUUUCUGCGAAAAGAGUCUUAGGAAACUCGGACACUCUCGUAUUCAUUAGGAGCAGCGGUUUGGUCACUUGGGAACCAGGGAUGGUUAGUGAAACAAGCUGCAAAAUUGACAUAAGAAAGUACCCCUUUGACACCCAGACAUGUUCCUUUGACUUUCUUCCCUGGAUGACAACAAGCAGGUUUUUGAACACUACAGUUUCAUCCAACAAGAUCCAAAUGUCAGCUUUUGUGCCACAUGGAGAGUUCACAAUAGCAGGGUCAUCCGUUAUGUUUGCUCGCUAUCCGACAACAUUUUCAGACGAUGAUUUGGUGGGGAUAAGCUUCUCUAUUGUGCUCAGCAGACGUCCGGCAUUCUAUUGGAUGAUCAUGAUAUUUCCAAUGGUGACAUUUCCUCUGCUCUGUCCAAUCAGCUUCUUAGUACCUGUAGAGAGUGGAGAGAAGAUAACUCUGUCAAUCACUGUGGUGUUGUCCUACUUGGUAUUCAUUGGGUCAAUGAACGACGCGAUGCCAAAGUUGUCCGAUACAGUCUCUUUGAUGGUAAUAUAUGCCUCCUUACAAACAACUAUCAGCAUCCUCACAGUCGUCGCCAAUGGACUCAUCAUAUGUGUUCACAAACUGCCCUCUGACUUUCAAGUUACAUUUCCCAAGUUUCCCAAGAUGUCCCAAAGGCUUGUGGCCAUAGGGGAACAGAAGAAGUACCUACCCAAAGGAGAGUCCCUUCAAAGUGUUACGGGUAGCUCAGUGGGGUUGUGUCCAGAUGAUCACAACACAAAUGGAAUGUCAGCGUGUGAAGAAGAAAAGAAUGCUGUGUCCGGAAGUGACAAAUGGAUCCAAAUUGCUCGUAGACUUGAUAAGAUUUGUUUCUCAUGCUUCUUGUGUCUUACUAUAUUGGUGUCAGUUAUAUUCGGGUUUCUGAUUUCCCAAUGAGUGGAUGUGAGAGUAAAUGUUGGUUGACGAUGAGUCUUGCGCUUGCAAACAGGUGAGUGAUAUUGCAAUCGAAGUACCAAGCUGUAGGGUUAAGAUUAUUUACAGACCACCGUCACAUAGCUUGACUAUUGGCGCUGAGCAACAAACAAAAUUAUAAUAACCUAACAUCUUAAAUAUGUUGAUGGCGAUUUUCAUAAGUAAGUGCUGACUUUGGGGUAUAAAAUAAUGGAACAGGGGUAUUACCUUUCGUCAAUAGAUUUCAAAGUAUUAUCCCGUCUUGUAACAAAACAAAAAAGUUCCUGUCGAACCAUUUUUGUCGAUUAUCUUUUUGUUUCUGUAUCUGCAGUAUAUUGCUCAAUACACACUAGUCGUGUAGCAAUACCAGUACACUUUGAAAGUUUUAUGUCUUAUAUAAAUAAUCAUGUAAACUAUUUUGUUGCCCAUAACCCUACUCUCGUAUUGUGUUGGUUAUACUACGAUAACACCGACCAUUUCAUUUGUUGGUAAAUAUCCCCGGGGUGGGAUUAUUCUUUUGCUGUAAAAUACUCAGCUGAACGUUUUUUUCGAUUCUCGUUUCUGAAGUACACUUCAGGGCAACACUAAUGCAAUGUUUAGAACCAUAAAUAAUAGCGACCAAACUAUUUCCAUAUUCAUAAAAAAUCGACUCUGAAAACAGAGUUCAUUGUCCGAGUCCCACUUCAUCAUAAGCAUAUGUUAAUGAAUCACCAUCAAAUAAAGAUGACACAGGGCUUUUCGCGAAACGAUCAGCUUAUCCUGCCUCACGUGUUUAUAUUAUCAAAGGGUGGCUAUAAAUGUCGUCGAUAUAUUGAUGGCGAAAACAAUUAGCUAUUUGAAUAAAUACACGCGGUAGCUCCUCGACCUUUCGCAUUGACUUGGUUAGGAAACAUGUAAAUAUCAAUAUUGAUUAAUAAUAAGGGAUUAUGGAGACAUCUUGAAACAAGCUUAUUGAAAUGGGAGAAAAACACACUUUGUUCAAUCAACUUUAUCAGAAAAUGUUAACGUAUAUCCUUAACAGCUGAGCUUACAGUACAUACACAAGUAAACUCAGGGAGAAAAAAAAGUAUACCAAGUUUGUUUUUUAUGUUAUUGAAAACUGAAAGCACUGGUGAUAAUUUGAUAAUGUCUAUGUAAUCAUCACUCAUUCCUGCAACAAUUUGUAAAAAGUAAUCUGUUGAUAGGUAUUUUUGUGUAAAAAAUAAUUGGUUCAAUGAAGACUGGAAUAAAAGACAAAUAUGCAACCACAUGACCACUAGCAUAUUUGAAUUGUUAUAAUAUUGUGCGGGGAAAAAGCAAAUUUAUUGAUUUCAAAUAUGUCUACGAUACCCAUCAGCGGUUGUGUAUGUAUUAUGCGAGUGUGUUCUCUUUAAUCUUUCAAGUUUUAAAUCAAAUUAUUACCGUAGUCGACGUAAUCAGCGCCCACGGCGAUAUUUGCUAAUAUAUUGGCAAGUGAAC